AUGCGUUUAAAAAGUAAAAUCGUUGAACGCAAUGAUAGUUUCUCGUUCAUAUGUCCAAUAGUGCUAGAUGGUAAACACAAAGUUGUUGAAUUACUAAUCCGAGAAACUCAUGAAAAUAUGUGUUAUGCUGGCGUGCAAACUUUAAUAUGUCAUUUACGAGAGAAAUUUUGGAUUCUAUCUAUGCGAAAGACUGUCCAAUCUGUUGUAUCGAAAUGUAUUAGGUGCAAGAAAUUCGACGCUAAGAAAAUGAAAGCUGAUCCAGCCCAUUUACCUGUCCAUCGAGUAAAAAAUGCAGCGGUAUUUGAAGUAAUUGGGGUGGAUUUUGCUGGGCCAGUGUUUUUACGUGGAAAGCAAAAGGGUUGGAUCUGCUUAUUCACGUGCGCAAUAUAUCGAGCUGUUCACCUAGAACCAGUAACGUCAAUGUCAACUAAAGUAUUUUUAGAUAGUUUUCAUCGAUUUAUCGGACGUCGUGGAAGACCCUCCAUCGUCUACAGUGAUAAUGGGACAAAUUUUGUCGGCGCCGAUAAUGCGUUCGAGUCUUUAAAUUGGGAUAAAAUUUCUAAAUACAGCUCUGUGAAGCGCAUUGAUUGGAGUUUCAAUCCACCGAGUGCGACAUGUUGGGGAGGUUGA